AUGCGCGUAGCGUGGAUCCCGCCUCCAACGCCCCGGAGGCGCUCAAAAAAAGGAUCUCAUCAAGGCCCAGUUCUUCCUCCGCCGUCCAGUUUCAAUUUCACCGUGCUGAGGGGUCGCCAAUUUGCCCCUCCUGGCCGCGAUCCGAAUCCCCCUUGCGCCCACUCUCAACCGUUCCUGCAAUUCGCAACCGCCGUGUCCCCCGCCCAGUCGACUGCCCCCGACUUCAGUCAGCCGCCGACCAUGGCUGCGGAGCAUACUGUCACCCAGGCCUUAUUGGAAUGGAUAAACAGUUUCGCCCUGGGCAAGACCAUCCGGACGACCGAGGAACUAUCAGAUGGGACUAUCAUCUGGGAGAUCUUGCAAGAUAUCGACCCGCAGUAUUUCCUCGAUGAGAUCCCCCAGCGCGCCCCGUCCGAUCACUGGCUAUCCAAAUGGCAGAAUUUGAAACAUAUCCACAAACUGCUCGUCAAUUACAUCCGCCAACAGCCCGAUGGCAUGCCCUCGGGUCUUGACCCGAAUCCCAACCUUGAAUUGGUCGCUGAGAAGAACUCUGUCAAGGAGGCUAAUAAACUCCUCAAGUUACUUCUGAUCGCGGCCAUCCGGUCCCCCAACGCGCAGACCUAUGUCGAAACCCUUCAAAGCCUAAGCACACCGACACAGGAAAACCUCAAGAACAUAUUCGAGGAAGCUCAGAAUGGACAGCAUGAGGCCAUCGACGGUGAGGACGACAUCAAGGAGGAUCGGGAGCUGCCCGUUGACUUAGAGCUCCAGUUUGAGGAGCGGGUAGGGAAGGUGCUGGCGGAAAAUAAUCGCAUGGCGCGCGAGAAGAAGGAUAUGCAGAAGCAAAUCGACGAUAUGCACGACCGCUUGGCGCGCCUUCAGGAAAACAAUGAUACCCUACAAAGCCGUCUUGCAUCGACGGAGGACCGACUAGUUAACCUGAGAUCCGGAAAGGGCGAUCUGGGACUCAAUGCAAAGGCUCUCGAGUCCAAGUCCCGCCAGCAGGAAGACAUCAUCGCGACGCAGGAAGCAAGGUUGGCCACGGCGCAGGAUGAGAUCGACAGCCUGCGGAUGACAGUGGAAUCUUUGCGUGUAAAGAACCAGCGCUUUCAGAAGUUACAGGACGACUAUGAUGAGCUUAAGACCGAGCGAGACCAGCUCGCUCGUAAGGCAAACGCAGCUGAAAAGUAUCGCCAGAAGCUGCAGGCUAGCCAGGAUUUCGAGAAAGAGAAUCAGUCACUCAGGAACCAGAUUAAAGACUUCCAACAACAAUUGAAGGAGGCGGAUUCGCAGCAGAAAUGGAACUCCGAGCGGGAGGUGGAGCUUGAAGAAUACCGCAGAGUCUUGCCGCGCAUUGAGCAGGAGUGCAGUGAAAUCCAAAACCUGAAGAAACAACUCGAAUUCAACAAUCAUGCCCUUACGGAGCGUCUCAGUAAUGCCGACGAGCAGCGUGAGCGUGAUGAUGCCCUGAUAAGCGAGCUUCGGGAGCGUGUCCGUGAACUAGAAGGGUCACCCGGAAGCCCAUCCCUCACGCCGGGUACCGAAACUCCCAAGCUGGAGGGAACUCUGCAGAAAGAUUUUGAGGCGAUUGGUGUGAAGGAAUCUCAACUGAAAUCUGAGAACGAGGAGCUCAAGAAAGAAGUUGAAUCCCUGAAGGGCCCAUCCAUAGGCUCUCCAUUGGAAGGCUUCUCCGAAGCUUUUAGUGAAACGCUGCAACAGGCUCGCGCAAACUCUUCCCAAAGUGAUGAGUACUGGAAGUUGUACGAUCAGUACACUUCAGCGCUCAAGAAGCUGGCCGAGGCCCAGGAAGCUCUCGAUGUCUCCAAGAGAUCGCUGAAUGAUGCCUUGGCUGAGGUUGAACUCUCCAACAAAGAGAAUGUCGACCUAAUCACCGAGAUUAAAACGAACAACUCAUCGGAAUUGACCAAGGCCCGUGAAGGAGAGGACGAUGCUAUGCGCAGAGUCUAUAGUCUCCAGGCCGAGCUUGAUUCAACCCAAGCUCUAGUCCAAGUAACAUGCGCCGAACGGGACGAUCUCCGGAACCUGCUUGAGAAGAAGCAAGCAGAGUUCCGAGCAGAGGACCAGGAAGCUGCAGAGGAAAUGAAGAAGCUACUUGCUGAACUCACUGCACAGGAGAAUGGGGACGAUCCGGAAACCGCUCAAAAAUCGGCCGUAGAACUCACGAGACAAGUCGCCGUGCAGAUCGAAAAGAACCUGGAAAGACUGGCGAAGCGCGCAGAGGUCAGUUACAAGAAACCCCAUCGGCUCGUAGUUUGUGUUGGCACGAGCCAGAUAAGGCCCAACCGCUUUGGUAGCUUCGGUGGCGAGAGGAAACGGCUCGAUCUUCUUGCAGAUCGGCCAUUUGGCGAUUCGACCCAGAUGCUUGCAGCGAAGGCUCCCAGCCUAUCGCGUCUGGGCCGUUUUAUUGCCAAACGCCCAUCGAAACUAACACCAAUCAUCGUGCAGUACAUCCAUCAACAAAACGAGCAUAUCAAGUUCCUCCAAGAACGGUUAAGGCAGCUUGAAGAAGAUACGGAUGAGGGAAUCAGCAAGGAGCGCGAACUCGAACUCCAGAAGAUAAUCGAUGCGCAAGCGCGGGAACUUACCCUAAUGAGUUCCUCCUGGUACGAACUCCAGAACCGAUUACAGAACAACAACAUUGGCAUGUCCAGGUAUCGCAAUGGGUUACUGGCCGAUGCCCAGAAGGGCUGGCUUGCCAGGCAGAGAAGCGUGGUCGCUGGUCGAUAA